AUGUUCGACUCCUUCAAAGUGACUAAACUGUGCGACCACGAAAGCGUCAGCAGCCACCUAAUAACGAUAGGAUCAUUCAACAUUCUCUGCGAUUUACCUCUGAACCCAAGGGAAAUACUGAAUUUUAAGAAAAGCACAAUAAGCUGCAACAAUGUGGAUGAAGACAAGUCUCAUGAGGAUAAAUACAUACGGAUAACGAACCUGGAGACGGAAGCUCUAUCGAAUAAGUUAUUACUAAACAGAAGUACCGUGCCGAUAAAAAUUCACAUCAUUUUAAUUUCCUGCAGUGAAUGUUUCAUGGGGUUACCAAUAUUUUGCAAAUAUUUCGACGUAUCAGAUACGCACAUAGUUUGCACAAAAAUAACCUUCACCUUCGCAUUAAGCGCAGUCGAGAAUUUACAGACAAAGGAGAAUUAUUUGCCUCCCUGGAAUGAAGAAGAUGAUCGGAAAAAGGAGUUUAGCCAAGAGAGUUUCAGAGAAGACAAUUCCAGAGAAUACCAUUUCAGCAAAGAUAAUUUCAACACUGAUGAAUAUUUGGAUUUAAAAUUAAGAUUCCGAAAUUCUCUACAUUUAUUAUCAUAUAAAGAAAAAAUAACCUUCCAGCAAAAUGAUGAAAUUGUCUGUAUUACUCCCUACAGCAGUGGGUACUCCUUGGGCAGCUGCAACUUUGUUGUUAAGACGGACCUUAUGAAUUUAUGCAUUAUUAACAAAAGCUGCUAUAAUAUUAAAAGGCACCCUUCUCCGCUAGAUUUGUCAUGCUUGGAAAAGGCAGACUUUGUUCUUUUUAGCGCAUAUGUGAAGGGGGAUACAAGUGCGGAGGAGCCGUCCGAGGGGAGGAACGCGCAAAGCGGAGGACCCUCAAAAGGGCAAGCUCCAAACAGAAGCACCCCAAGAAGAAGCGUUCCCAGCAAAAGUCCUCCCAGCAAAAAUCGUCCCAGUGAAGGCUCUCCCAGUGAAGACCCCCGCAACGAAGAUCCCCCCAAUGAACGAACCAGGGAAAAAAUAAACAUGUACGUCGAAAAGAACUACAAAGAUAGCCUAAAUAGGAUAUGCUCCAUUAUCCUGCGCACGAUCAAAAGCAAGGGAUGCGUACUGAUCCCUGUGGACCUGCACUUCUUGUACUUCCUCGAGUUAAUCGAGUUGAUAGGCGUAGCCAUCAGUAAAUAUUUAGCCAAAGAAGAACAAGUGCCAAUCUUUACCAUAAUAGGAAACAUCAGCAAUGUGAUUCACCAAGCAGAUCUUUGUGCCGAAUGGGUGGAAGAAUCGAGGAAAAAAAAAUGCAGCAAAGUGUCCAAUCCACAGGGACCUUUUUCCAUUGAAAUUAUGAUAAAGAAUAAUCGACUAAUUACAGGAAAUGACAUAAAUGAUAUAACCAAAUUGUUUAGGUACCCAUGUGUAUGUUUUGUCCAAGAUUCAUCUUUGCGAUUUUUUGAAUCAUCCACCUUGUUAGAAAAGUGGGCCAUGGAAGAAAACAAUGCACUUCUGCUAGUCGAUCCCUACUACGACCCUGUAUCUGUGUUGGCCCCCUUCCACAUCUACCUUAAAAAAAUAAAUGUCUUUUUUUGCCCCAUUUCUUUCGAUCUAAAUGAGUCAGACAUUUGGGAAAUUAUAAAAACCAGCGCCAAUAAAAAAUGUGUGUAUCUACUGCCCCAUGGAUUUGAGAGGGGGUACAGUUCACCUUGGAUAAGCAGUCAAGGGGACACCACACAUGUAGGCAAACAAAUCAGCUACAAUGUUGGAGAAAAAAACGGGGGAAAAGAAAAUUACAAUAAAAGCACGAGCAACCCUCCAUACGGAAACUACGCAAAUGGAAAUCCACAUGGAGAAGUGAACCAAAACGACAUCAUCUACAUUUACCCACUACGCACGAGGGAAAUUAUUUAUGACACAUUUUCCCAGGUGGGUAAAAACAUGCACCCCGUUCCCUUUAGUGUCGAUGGCACAAACAAUUUGAAAAAAAUAUUAACCAAGGUAGAUAACCUCCAUUACGCCAAGGUGAGAUGCACAUAUAAUAGCACACUCUUUGGGGAUUAUAUAAAGGAAGGUCAAAUGGAAAUAUGCAAAUCGGCCUUACACAGCAGGGAGGUAGAUAAUAAAAAAACAGAUAAUGAAUGGAUUAACGAAAAGGGCGUGAAUCUCAUGUUUGGGUCCAUACGCGAAGAAGAUUUCGUUGAUAAUUUACUCCAGUUUGGCUACAGAGAAAACGAUUUAGUAGUAAACCAUUCAGAGGGAAUAAGCACGCCCGACGUGCAGACGGAAAACUACUUGUGGAGCAUUACCAUCAAUUCAAUUAACUCCAAAGUGAUAUGCUACACAAAGUACGACAUCGAGGUGAUCAGCAGCCAUGCGAAGCUGCGUCAACAGGUUAAGGAGAUUCUCCAGAGAAUCACAACAACGCUAUGA